AAUACAUUGAGCAUCCAACAGCUCUCUUAUGACCCAGAUAUUCAUGGUUCCAGCUUGCAACCUCGUUUUGCUUCAGCCUUGACCCCAGAAUCUUUAGUAUAUACUGCGAUCAUUUCAGAUAGGGAGAUUCGAUUUCCAUUUUGUAGAUCUAGAGACUGGAAAACUCACUCCUAAAAUGACCCUAAAACAUCUUCACAGAGCCCUCGUGCUAUUACUUUUAAACCUGGCAACCAGCCUCGCAGCAUCAAUUACCAGAUACACCGUACCCAUCAAACCAGGAACCCUAAUCCUGGAGACGCGCCAACAGCUCAACAACAUGGCAACCGCGUACUCAAUGGGGACCUUAGAUGAUACAAAUGGCGGAUACUAUCUGCUAGACCGGGAUCGUAGCAUUCUGGCUGUGGCAGCAGAUAGCCUGUGCGAAGAGCUCGACGCUUCGAUGGCAUCCGCAAAGAGAGUCUACGAGCAAAAGGCACGUUCAGAGCUAUAUGGUGGAGAGUUCCGGGAGUUUCCUAUCCAGGGCGCUGAGGGACUACGACUGAAUGCUGUGGAGAACUCUUGCUCUCAUCCUCGUUGCUAUACACACGCGCUGUGUGAAACUUAUAGUGAUUGUUUUGUGUGUUCUUCUAAUCAUCAUUGGUGUUAUUAGGGUUGUUUUGUUUGUGGAGAUAGAUCUGAAAUGGAGAGAGGAGGAAGUAAUGUCGUAUUGUGGGCUAAAUGGAAUAAAUGACUGUCCU